AUGUCUUCAUCAAUCGAUAGGCAGACUGAACACGACCCUCUCCAUAUUCAAGGUUCCGAUCAUCAUAUCCGCGGCCCUAGAGCGCCCGAAAAAACAGGUUACACUUCUCAUCCUCAACCAGUACCCCAUGAUGAGAUCUCCCCAGCCAUAUGGGGAAUCGGAUGGUGGACUCCAACCCUAAUGGUUGGAUCUGUGAUUUGUGGUGCGGCGUUGUCGGUGGGCCAUCACUUAUACUACCAGAGCCUCGACAAUACUCGUGUCCACUCGGUCGACCAACAAACAUGGGCAAUCCGAAUCGGAACUGGCUUUGCCUUUCUUAACAAAACCUUCCUCGUUGCUGGUGUUGGAAUCGCAGCUGUGCAAGAGAUAUGGGCAACUCUCCGCCGGAAGAGCAUGAAGCUUAGCGGAAUUGAUGGGAUGUUCGCGGUGCUUAAAGACCCACUCGCUUUUUUGAUUCCUGAUCUCUGGUUGUAUGCGAAAACCCUCACAUUACUGGCAAUUUUCUCAUGGCUUAUCCCAUUGUCGGCCAUCAUCACACCUGCGACCCUGUCCGUCCAUCUCUUAACAACCACAAACACCACGCAGGUGCGCGUUCCGACCGUAAAUUUUACGGACUCAUCCUGGGUCCCCUGGGCGAAUUUCGAAGGCGUUGGACAUAUUGAUGCUCCCUCCGCCGAGAUCAGUCGCCUCUUUACAGUCACCUCAUCAUCCGUCGACGUUGUCCCUGCCGCUGCACCAUUCCCCAACUCAACCUACUCCCUAGACUUCUACGGCCCAUCAUACAAAUGCCAGAGACUUAGCGAAGCCAUUGAAGAGAUGAAAGGUCUCACCUUCCCCGAUAUCCUGAAUGAGAACCACUAUACCCUAGCACAAGUCUGGAAUCAGACAUUCGCAAACAUCACCAACGUAACAGUCCCUCAGUUUGUAUACUCAGGGACUGUCCCCGAUCUCCUCAACAACACCCUCUUCCUAUAUGCAACAGGUUCAAACCCCCUCUGGAAUACCAACGCCACCCAACCUACCGAGCUGGUCUGCCAACUAUGGAACACAUCCUAUACCGCAAACCUAACCUUCACCAACGGCGUCCGCACCCUAACACCAGUAUCAACAAAGCCACUCGCCCCGGCAAAUUGGGACUCGUCGGCCGCAAUUUCUGUAUUACUACCCGGGUACCACGACACACCCGCAAAUGGCGGCUACUAUGUCAUACACAUGCUAUUUUCAGGCCUCAUCAAACACAAUAUUGCCAUCGGCUCCACGGGAUCAGUAUUAGACGACUCGCCCUCCUCCGUCCUAGCCAGCAACCCACUGUCAGUCACCCAAACGGGUCUCUGGUCAUGUCCCGAAAUAUGGAACAACACCGAUUACUUGGAGGUAACGAUUUCACGCAAUAUGUCGACCGCCCUCUGCCGAAACAAAACCCUAGCCCGGGCAUUGGAGGACCUCUCGCAUAAUUUCACCUAUAGUCUCCUCAGCCUGAAUGCCGCGAACACCACCGUCCCUGUAAAAGUGUCAUCGCCUCAGAACUUCUACAGCUAUAAUAGUAGGAAUCUGCUUUUGGCGUAUGCGACUGCGCUGGGCGUGAGUGUCGUCUGUGUUAUUGUUGGGUUUAUGGCACUCUUUGAGAAUGGUGUUUCGCAGAGUACGGCGUUUUCGAGUGUUUUGGUGACGACGAGGAAUCCCGAGUUGGAUCAGUUGGCUAUUGGACAUUGUUUGGGGAGGAAUCCGAUUGGGAAGGAGAUUGGGGAGGCGAAGUUGCGUUUUGGGGAGAUUGGGGAGGGUGUUGGUGGUGCUAGUGGGAGGGAGUAUAGGCAUGCGGCGUUUGGGAUGAAGUGGUCCGUGACUGGACUGUCUAAGGGGGAGAAGUACUACUAG